AGUAAAUGGUAAAGGACAUAAAGGUGGUAUCAAGUUUCUUAUUUUAGGAUUACAGCAAAAAUUUUUUCAUUCUGAUGGAAGAAGUCUUGCUCCACAUACAAAACAUGGUUGCCUCCAUUUAGAA